AAAAUGAUCAAGGGGAGUGGGGAGGACGAGGAGCCGCUCUUGUUGCCGGGAGAAGGUGAUCAGUUGGCCAGCAUCGGUGAAGGGAAGCUUUCAGCGAAGCAGCUCGCGAGGAUGGGAGCAAAGCAAGGCAGCAACGAGACGGGCACAGAAAAGGUCAAGAAGGCGAAGAAGAAGAAGAAGAAAGAAGCGAGCGAAGUGAAGAGAGGAAAGAUGUUCCUGGACGAGUUCGAUGCGAGGAUGAGGGAGAAGAUUGCGAUGAGCAUUUCGUCGAGGAGGGAGGACGAGGGCGACAGCUCGUACAAGACAACAUCCUGGAACUUCGAAGAUUCAGACGUGAUCUCAAGCUCAGAGGCAGCGAGCAAGGUCGUUCGAUGUUCCUUGUGUGCCGGGGGUCCUGACGUGUGCGAGGAGCAGGAUGUGGAGAGUGGAACCAUGGCGGUAGAGAGCGGCAGGUUUCCGUCUCUUUGGGUGGAGUCAGCUGGGAUGAUGUCCAUCACAUCGACUCACAUCCUUGUUCUGUUCUCCGUCGCUCACUGCUGUAGCUACAUGCUUGCCGAUGCUGCCUUGACCUUCAUGGUCGCUUUCCUCAUACACUCGAUGACCCUGUACGGGCUAAGGCGGACUCAGGUCAUCCUGCGAGCAGCUUCGAGGAGCAGUGGAAACAUCUGCCACAAGGUUGGAGACCUUGUUUUCUGCAUCUUUGGGCAGAGAUUCGCUUUCCUUGCAGACAUGCUCGAGCUACUGAACGAAUGGUUGAUAUCCGCAGCGAUUCUUUCCUUUCUUGUCAACGUUGUUCAAGAAGUUUUCCCUCGGAUCUCCAUCUUUGAAUGCGGAUUCUUCACCUCCAUACUGACCAUCGUCUGCACUUUGCGGGAGAGCAUCCAUCAGAGCUACCUCAGGAGCAGAACCGAGCGCGCUGCUCUCUUCCUCUCCGUUGUCUUCUUGGCAGCUGCUGUCGCAACCAUGUCGUACUUCAUGAGGAAGAGGGGAAACCUUGCGGACGCGUUCUUGCCUGUCUCAAGUCAGUUCUCUUCCAACUUCACCAACCAUCCGAUCAAGCUGUCAGCCAACGUCACCUGCUCUCCCUGGUUUUCCUUCGAUCCCAUCGUCCGCCCUCGUCCUCUCCCUCCUGCUCCGCCUGCCAUGGACUUCGGGAACUUCGCACAAGCAGUCUGCUGCUGGUUGGCAGUGCUGAACAAGUGCUCGAGGUUCCUCCACCUUCCCCUCUACCGAUCGGGCCUCACAGCAGACGGGAUGCAUUCCCAGCUCAGGAGGAUACUCGCCUCUCAGCUCCUCUCCUUCCUCGUCGCGCUGAUGUUUUCCGUCCUCGCCCUACUCGCCAUGUCCUUGUCCCUUUCCGUGCUCGCAGCAGGCUAA